AUGCUCAAGCCCUUCGUGGUCGCAGCGGCCCAGCUUUCGGUCUCUCCCUUUCCCUCCGUCGCCGAUAAUCUCGCGACUCACCUUCACUUCGUCCGCCUCGCCGCCGAGAACGACGUUCAGCUACUCGUCUUCCCCGAGUUGAGCGUGACGGGUUACUCCCUCAAGCUCUCCAAAGAGGCUAUCUUCACGGUCGAUGACGCACGGCUGGACGAGCUGCACGGGGCUUGCCAGGAGACAGGCGUAACAGCUUGUGUUGGCGUGCCAAUGCUUGCCGACACGAUUGACGGCACCCACAUCGCCAGUAUUGUCCUACAUCCCGGCGGAUCCCGACACGCGCACACGAAACGCUUCCUCGAUUCCUCCGAAAUCGCCUCCUUCGUUCCCAGAACAGGCGGUCCUCUGCUCGACUUCCCGUCUGCGUCUGAGCAUACCGAACGCGUCGCUCUCGCCAUCUGCGCCGACACUUCCUGUCCGCUCCACCCGCUGUCCGCCUCUCAAGCAGGCGCGACAGUCUACGCCGCCGGAUCCAUCAUCUCCUCCGCGUCGUACGGCGCCGAAUCUGCACGAUUAGCGUCGUAUGCGAAGCAUUAUGGAAUGGCAGUCCUGCUGGCGAAUCAUGCGGAUGGGCGAGGGACGGGAGGGUACGAGACUAAAGGAGGAAGUGCGGUUUGGGAUGAGGAGGGUAAGGUGGUGGUGCGAGCGGAGAACGGCGAAGGCGAAGUACUUGUGGUCGCACGUAAAAGCGCAGAACGAGGCUGGGCGGGCGAAGUCAUUGCAUUGUCGUGA